GAUGCCUCGACACGCGUGCAGUCAGUGAAAAAGACGCGUUCGCUCCUUCCAGAGGAGCGCGCAGCUUUGCGAAGAACGCAGUGGAGGGAGACAGAAGAACAAAAUAAUAAUACAAGUCAUCGGGUUGAAGCACUUUCAGACGAGUUAUUUCGACCUCCUUUAAUAUGUUGGCGUAGAUAACAGAUUUCUGUGUGGCAGUUUGGGAACUGUUUAUGGGACAAACUGCCUGCAAGGGAAGAGAGAAGCGGCAAGCCUGAGCCCAUAAUGCGGACACACCAAGUCUCAGUUGUUUCUCGGUAUGAACGCAGCGCAGCGGACCCCGAGAAGCUGCUUUUAUGGAUUCACUGACUGAUUGAUUGCAUUUGAUUUCGUUUGAUUUUUUUCCCCAGUCUGAGGGAAUUUGUCCGACUUGUUCAGUAAAGAAGAAGCAAAGGAUUGUGGAUUUUUCUUUUUUUAUCUUUUUGGGCGUCGAGGAUUUUUUUCUAUCUUUCUAUCGGGGAAUGUGCAUUAGUCUUGGGGGAAAUUAGGAUAUUUAUUCUUAUGUUGUCCUCAGUUAGACUUUGUCAAGAAUCUGGAAAGGGGAAUUAAACUUUCAAGAACUGGAGAUAUUAGUCUAAUUGGAGCCUUAAUCGUCUCACCAUGAAGUCUGGCACUCUAUGGAUGUGCGUCUGCAUUUUUCAUGUGCUCUUAGGUUCCUUGGAAGGCUCCUCAGCUUGGUUAGUGCCCUUGGCCAAUGUGUCCCAGGGAUCUCCAAGCUCCAGGUCUACACGUGAGGCUCAGUCACAGUGGGUAGACUGCAUCCAGGCCAGUGACAUGUGUAGCCAGGAUGCUCGCUGCAGCCCUCGGUACCGGGUGAUGCGCCAGUGCCUCGUGGGCAAGGAGAAGGAUGCCAUGCUGGAUAACAACCGGGACUGCAAGGCUGCCCUGGAAGUUCUGCAUAAUAGCUCUCUGUAUAACUGCCGCUGCAAGAGGGCCAUGAAGAACGAGCUGCAGUGCCUACAGAACUACUGGACCAUCCACAUGGGACUCAAUGAAGGUGGAGAUAUGGAGGACUCAUCUCCAUAUGAACCUGUAUCCCCCAACCGGCAACCUGACGCGUUUGGCUUGGCUUCCAUCUCUUCAGGGAUGCAGUCAUCGAUCCCCAAACCCUUCCAGUGUCCUGAAGCGGAGAAAGUUUGCAACCCUUGCCUUGACGCAACUAAAGCUUGCAACCUCAACACCGUCUGCAAGCGAUACCGUAGCAGCUAUAUCACCACCUGCAGCAAGGAGGACACCAACAAAGGGGAGAGCUGCAACAAGAAGCGCUGCCACAAGACCCUGAGGGCCUUCAUAGAGCGCGUGCCCUCAGGGCUCAGCCACCGGCUGAUCUUCUGUCCCUGCCAGUCUGAGGGCUGUGCCGAGAGACGCAGGCAGACAAUAGUUCCUGAUUGCUCUUACAGGGAUAAGGAGAAGCCCAACUGUUUGGAGCUACGGAGGGUCUGUCGCACGGAUACCUUCUGCAGGUCUAGACUGGCUGACUACAUAACAAACUGCUGGAUGACUCCGAACAGUGUGGGAACCUGUCCCAACCAAGACAAUCACCAGGCCUGUCUGAACUCUUACGCAAGGCUUAUUGGGACGGAAAUGACCCCCAACUAUGUCGACAACAGCUUCACCAACUGGACCAUCUCUCCGUGGUGUGACUGCACGGGCAGUGGAAACAAAGAGGAGGAAUGCAAGAACUUCCUGCAGUACUUCACUGACAACACAUGCCUAAGAAAUGCUAUCCAGGCUUAUGGUUAUGGGAUGGACGACACACCGAUCAAAAAUGUGACUGUCUCUGAGCCCUCAGUAACAUCGAAAGCGGGGAACAUGUGGAUAGACGGCAUCUCAGAAAACCCUAACCCUAACCCCUCCUCUUUCCCACCAGAUCCAUCAGACCACCGUUCCGUUGCAUCUGGUGUAAAGAUUAGUGGAAGGAACGGUGGCCUGGCCCUGGGAGAGGAUCGUUAUACCUGUCUGUGUGCCAACAUCUUGGCUCUGCUUCCUAGCCCAGCUUUGGCUCUGAUUCUGGCUCAGCUUGUCUUGUAGAACCGCCAGGAGGAGGAAAAAAAGAGGUCAUGAAUCCACAAGCUGAUCCCAAAAGCAGGAGGUGUCAUUUUGAGACUCUUAAUAGGAAGGCCAAAUCUCUGGUGACAGUGGAACCUGAAUGAAAUUUGUAAAAGCGAACAGGAAAGGCGGAAAUUAUUUCAAAUGUACAACUGAGAGUGUGAAGUUCAUGUGACACAUUGUCAGUGCAAAGGCUUUCUAAAGGACCUUUGGUACAAAAGGCCAGCAAAGGGAAGACCUCUCACUGACUGCUACUCGCUGACUCCCUGAAACUGGAGCUGUUGCUUAGACUUCUUCACUCUCUCACUUAAAGAGGGAGGAAAAAACAAAUGAAGAUGUCAAGAAGAAAGGACCGAAAGAAGAUGAAUUUUUGCAGAGCGAAAAAAGAGGACCAUGAGGUGUAUGUAACAAAGGAUACAAAAAUAUUUGUCUUUUUUGCCUUGAAUUGGGACUUAUCGUCAAACGAAAGACCAGAACACAAAUGUAUAGGUGUGGAUGUGGGAUGGUUACAUUCUGUCUUUUCAGCUCUAGUGUAAACCUUACAGACUGUAAAGCCUUCUUAGUGUUCUAUGUGUUGGUAUAAUCUGUGACCAUAAUCAAUCUACCAUACAGAGCUUUCAUUUGGGUGCCGCAGUAUAAUCCUCAAGCUGAGGGCAAAAAGAAGUAAAGCUGACAAUGUUAAAAGUUAAUGGUUCUGUGCUCAUUUAAGGUAAUGUUGUUGACUGUGGGUGUUCGCCAUACGUCCACCUGCAAAUGUGUAUAAUCCUGCCUCUAUGUAUAUAAACAGCAUUUUCUGUCAUGUAACUUGAUGAUAUCUAGUAUUUUGAAAAGGACAUUAUUGUAUGCUAAGAUUGCUCAGUAUUGGUACUGAUGGAAGGCCUUCAUUAUCUACAUUUAUAUUUGUCUAUUAAAGUUUAAUCAUGAAUAUGUAAAGCGAUGAGAUUAAAUGAACUCAGUCUUUAAAAGCCAUAA